GUGUUUGUAUGUAAUAUUGUGGUCAUUGUGUUUGUAUGUAGUAUUGUGGUCAUUGUGUUUGUAUGUAGUAUUGUGGUCAUUGUGUUUGUAGGUAGUAUUGUGGUCAUUGUGUUUGUAUGUAGUAUUGUGGUCAUUGUGUUUGUAUGUAGUAUUGUGGUCAUUGUGUUUGUAUGUGGUAUUGUGGUCAUUGUGUUUGUAUGUAGUAUUGUGGUCAUUGUGUUUGUAUGUAGUAUUGUGGUCAUUGUGUUUGUAUGUAGUAUUGUGGUCAUUGUGUUUGUGUGUAGUAUUGUGGAUGGCACUUGAUAGAAUCUUGGGUGUGAGGGCUAACGAUUUCUAGGUUUAUUUGUUGUUAUUUCUUUGGCCCAUUGGUUGGGGUAGAGUGACGUCCCUUGAGAGAUUGUUAUUGUCAGAGGCUUAGUUUUGAGACCAAUAGUAGAAGGACAGUAUAAGUCAGUUGCAUAGUUUGUUGUAUAUUUAAUAGUCCAACAUUGGAUUGUUUUAUUUACAGUUAUAAGUUCAUUUCUGAUUACUUUUAUUAAAUAUUUACUCUUUUCAGUGGCGUAGCAAGGUACCCGUGGGCCCGGGUUCAAGAAUAUAUUGGUGGGCCCCCUAACCCAAUAAGACGAAUGUAAUGUGUGACAAAAUCAUCGAGUAAUCUUAAUGUAUCGGUAUAUUUACCAAAAGACAUUCCAAUACAACUAGAGUAGAAUAAUCUUAUUACGUUUGAAACAGAACACCAACUUUGAACAGAAUGAAACGAAUUAAUGGUGUUUCAAAUUGUAUCAAUAAACGUUUGAUGAGAUCUAGUUCCCAUUCUACACGUUUACAUUCUUAAAAAAAACUUUUAGGUGUAAAACGUUGAAACAUUGAUACAAACUAGUAUCAAGUUCUACGUCCAUUAUUUAACAGUAAAUAGAUAGAAUAUUUAUUGACUGUCAUUUUUCUGGCCUUUUAAGUAGCAAAGUAAGAAACCAGUGCAUCUAUUUCUAAAUGUGCGAGCGGCUUCUUUUGAUGAAACAAUGCCCAAAGGCAAUCCUAGUAUCCUGUCAUAUUGGAAGCACCAUCAUAGCUUUAGCCUCGAAGUUUAUUUAAGGAUAAAUGUGGAUUUUUUAAUUAUUUGGAGCAUUUGUUCUGUCAAUUAUGCAGACAUCUGGUUCUCACAAAUAUGGAAACCUAGAAAUGACAAUCUAAUUGCCAUUUCUUUGGAUGUUCCGUUAUCGGAGAUCACUAAACAGUAUAUAACCAAAAUAAAACUAAUAUGAUCAACUUUUUUUUUGUCUGAGCGCUGUCACCAAUGAAAGAGAAAUGUGGUGCAGAAUGGAUGUUCUAUAGUUACCGGUAUUUUGCCAGGACUGCAUUGCCCUACGGGUCAAUUUUUUUUUUUUGAAUGUGUGGGGCUUUGAAUUCCUGCCAAAUGUCAAUAUUCAUAACAAUUUUCUGAUGUUUUUGUAUAAAUAUAGUUAACUUACUUUAGAGCUAUGAACCAAGUUUCAACCAAACACCAAGCAUUGGUCAGUGAAAGACACUAUUCCAUUCAUCUAGUCAUCUCUCUAUCUUCUAGAUCUUUGUUAUAAACUUACUCCCCAAAUCAGUUUCCUCAUUCAUUGCACUAGCACAAACAUAUUUAAUUUUAAUGAUUCCUAUGUAACACUCGGAUGUUUCUCUGGCUUGAUAAAUAUUGAAUGGUAUUUUCAUUUUUUUCUGUUUAGAUUUUACCCACCCCCUUUUUUAUUCUGUUCUAAUUGCAUUAAAUUGUUUUUACCCACUACAGAAGACAACAAAACGAUGUGAUGAAGACUUCCGGGGACACAGUCGUCCUGAUCGAAUGUUCUACACUAGUUUACAGUGUCUAAUUUGGCGGAUUUAAUCAGCAGCAUCAUCAUCCAACUCCAUUUGAGAAAGGGCUUGAGAGUCUCAAAUCCUCUCUUGCAAAAGCACUGGACAGAAAUCCUGCUGUCUUCCAUAGUGCACAAAUGUCGCCAUACAGGUCGAGAAUUUUGGGUUUUUCAGACCUGUUGAGACGGAGGUCAGCAAGUCUGGGGCAGUCAAACAGAAUAUGAGGCACGGUUUCCUCUUCUUCCCCGCAGCGGGGGCACCGUGAAUCAAAAUUUGGCCAUAGCCGCGAGAAAUAUGAGCAAACAGGACAAUGGCCUGUCCUGCACUGUGCUAUAAUAGCUUGCUUAGGCCUGGACAGCCUCCACCAAAGUGCGGUCAGGGCGCCUCAUGCGCUCCCAGACUCCACGGGCUUUUUGGGACUUGUCCCAGCACUCAAACCACUUUUCCAUUUCUGUUUUUUUAAUUAUACCCAGGGCAUGAUGAACGCUUACAGCUUGUUCAGUGGGUUGAAUUUGCCUUUCCUGGUGAGCCAAAGAGUCUGCAAUUGUGUUGCCAGUCACACCUAUGUGACACGGUACCCACUUAAUUAUUACAGGGAUGCCAUAGCGUUCUUUAAUGUUAUUUGAAGCCAUGAUGACAGUGUUGAUAUUCGAGGGCGAUGGUCCGGGGCUUUGCAAAGCCUGUAGUACAGAUUUUGAGUCAGUGACCACAACAAUUUGUGUUGUCCUCAAAUGUCCCUCGCCGAGUUGAGUCAAUGACUUUUAAGGCUUCACAGACUGCCAGAGUCUCUGCAUUAAAACUACAAACACUACCACAUGGUCCAAAGAUUUUGACUGAGUAAGAGCCAAGAAAGUCGAUGUAGGCUCCAUAGCCUGCUCUUCCAGAAUCUAUUGAUGCCGACCCAUCAGUGUAUGCAAAAAUAGCACUGGGCUUGAAGGUAUUAAUGGUCUCCAGAGCUAGGAUUUGAAGGUCGUUAGAUGAACGACUUAGCUUAGUGGCAUUUGGGUCUAGUAGUUUCAAACGUAUGUCUGGGGUCGUUGGGCGACACCAAGUGGGAAGGGGAUGAAAGCGUUAAAUGUUUUGUCGGUUGGUGGAGAGCUUUAUCAGAUAGUCUAGUGGCAUGAUGCAUAAAAGACUGCAUCUGGAUACGUCUUCUGCAUCUCCAACCAUCCACUAGUUUUCUAGCUGGGAGGUAUUCAUUCAGCCUUUUAUACCACUCAUAGCAGGUCAGUACUGACCUUUCCCUCCUAAGGUUUAGUGGACCUAUAUUAGCCAUUUUUUCAGCCGCAUUUACUGGACUUGUCCUAAAUCUUAGUGCUUGGGACUGUAUUUUAUCAAGUUGUUCAAGAGCAGUCCUAGAGCCAUAAAUUUGCACAGGUAGGCGGAAUCAAUAGUACUAGAAACAUAACAAGCAUGACAGAUCAGUGUCAAAUAAACCUUUUUAGUAGUACAAUUGAGAACUUGCUUGUAUUAACGUUCCAUCAUAUCAUAGGUGGGUUAAAUUUUAAAGAUAUAUUACACAAUAUUUUAAAUAUAAAACAAAAUUGAAAACAGAUUAAGCUUUAAGAAAAUUGAAUAAUUAGCAGCUGUAUCAAAAUUGUAAUUUGUGACUAUCAGGCCUAUCCCUAUAGACCUAAUUGUUAUUGUCGUCCCCCUCCCCCCCCCUUUUCCCCCCUGUACUACACAGAAAUAUUUUCUUCACCAAACUCUCCCCCCCCCCUUACGUGUCAAUACUACCAAUGGUUUUAUGAACAUACAGGGAAAAAAUAAAUAAUGGGACGAAAUGGAAACGCUUAUCACUUCAAACGCACUAUUAGGGCUAGCCACUAUUACAAUAAACCUGAUGGAAAGUGGUCCCUUACAUUAAAGCUUAAAACACUAGUUAAUGUUUUAUUAAAGUUAAUAUUAAUUUUGGUACACCAUUCAGAAUAUUUUGAGGGACCUUUUUAAAUUCUAUUUAUUAUAGGUUUUUACUAAAGUGCAUUAAUUUUUUUCACUUAGGUGUCAUCUCCAAGUUUUCAUGGUUGUCCCAGCUGUUCAUGAGUCAUGGACCCAUGGGCAAUGAGCCCCUUUGCGUCAUUGUUGCUACGCUUCAGGCUGUGGGCACCUAAAUGACCCCCUGGCGCUAUGGAUGCUACGCCACUGAAUAUGUUCUUAAUACAUCCCUGGUGUUUCUUGGAAUUGUUGAAAUACAUCCUUGUAUGUGUCCAUGUCAAAGCCAUGUCAGGAGUUCACUACAACUCCUUACUUCACUUUGUUCAGAAUUAUAAAAUCGACUUCUAAAUAUAAAAAAAAUUAGGCGAAAUUCUCAUCUUCUUCUCAAAAUUCAGAGAGAAAAAAAUUAACUCAACUUUUUAAAAGUUUAGUCUUCACGUUGAAUGAUCUCAUGCACUAGAAAAUGUGUUUGAAUGCAAGAUUGACCAAAGAGAUAUUCUUAAAACACUUGAAUUGGUGAAGUGCAUUCCUUAAACAGUGUGACAUGUUUCUAAAGUCCUGUAGAUUUACUGACACUAAACAACAAUAUUCUUGUCACAAGAUAAAUACGUACAAAAAACACAGCCUAACUUGAAACAUCUACAUAUAUUAGUCUCUAAAGAGACAUUGUUUUGAAAAGGCAAAAAAAAAAAAUACUGAUAAUAUAUUUCAUUAAACCUAAUCAGUGCUAAGCUAUGACAACCAACCAAACAAUCUCUCUGAAUUACACGCUAGAAGAGAUCAAAGAAUACUUGUCCGUCCUACAACAUGAGUCCACUCUAACUUUCAUACCAACACUGAUCUACCUGUCUCUGCUCAUUGUUGUGGGCAGUAUAGGUAACUGUCUGGUUCUGAUCAUCUAUUUGACAAGGAUGACCAAGAAAUCGAUGCGAAUAUUUAUCAUCAGCAUGGCUCUAGUUGAUCUGUUUAUCAACAUCGUUUUAAUUCCAGGAGAAAUGUACAAUAUGUUUUAUGUCUGGGACUUUGAGUAUCCAAAUCUGUGCAAAAUUCGUCGAUUUUUAAACAGCGCCUCUUCAAUGUUUUCUGUCCUUAUCUUGGUUGCUAUAGCAAUCACAAGAUACAGAGCAGUCUGCAGUUCUCCGGUCAAAAUCAUCUCGACGACUCACGCCAAAAUCACGUGCGCUUUUUUCGCCGCAUUUUCAUGUUUUCUGUCUAUACCCUAUGGCAUGAUCAAUGGACGUCAAACCAAGGAAACUCCAAAUCCAAAAAUCUUUGGUCAUUUUUGUGACAUAGACGACAGAUAUGUCCACACUAAAUGGCCAUCAUUUUGUUCCGCUAUAUUUUUACUUUUUAUUGUUGUUUCUUCCAUGUUCACUCUAGCCUCGUAUGCCAGUAUCCGAUAUAAAGUUAGGAGACAUAAUGCCAAUAUGAAGCUGAAUAAACAAGGGCAGUUAUUUCAAAUGGAGCAGAGGUCGACUUCCAUACAGGAGAAAACAAAAGUUGGUUUCUGUCCAACGACUCGUGUGAUGUUGACUAUAACUGUGACUGGCUUUGUUGCAGGCUAUCCAUUUCUUGGAGUUCAGAUCUACAAAACUGCCCAUCCAGAAGGCUAUGCUGUGUUGGAAGGUGUCCCUCUAGCCAUGUAUCAUCUUUUCUAUAGAUCAUACUUGUUACAUAGCGCAGUGAAUCCAAUCAUUUACAUCUUAAUGGACCGAAGUUUUAGGAAAGAAUGUUGGACAUUGUUGACAAAUACUUGGAAAUGUAAAUCCUAAGUACAUUUUGUCAUAUCUUCACAUUUAUUUUUAAAGACAGAUGUGCUAUACAAUUUGUAGAAAUGAAGGUCACAACAUAGACUGAGCUGGGUUAAGAAAACAUGAAAAACUUUGUCAAAUAUUUCAAAUUAAAAACUCAUCGAAGUAUUGAA